AGGAAGGUAUUGAAAGGUUUGAGUCAGUGAGUUGAGAAGGCAGUUGGAGUUGUCUGUUAGUCCUUCGGUUUGUCUGUACAUUCGUGGUGAGCGGCAAUAAAUCAGGUUGAAGGCCUACUUAUUGUUGGUUCAUCAUGAAAUUCUUGGUGGUAUUGUCUGGCUUGCUGGCACUUGUUAAUUGCGCCGAGUAUUGUUACAAUGACGUUGUUGGGAGUUGUGGCUCGAGAGGUGUUGAAUUGAAGAAUUGCCAUGCAAAAUAUGGUGCAAUUGACGAAGUUCUGUUUGAUCUGCAAAGCUACACAAAUGCUCACAUUUCACGUAGCUUUGACUACCUGUUGAUGGCUACUCAUUUUGGGAACUAUGAAAAGAGUCGUGAGGGCUUUGAGAAGCUAUUUCAGAAACUGUCGGAUUCUACGUGGGAUGAUGCAAUUGACCUGAUAAAGUACAUCAGUAAGCGAGGCGGAGUCAUGGACUUCGCAGCACGAAAGACCGAAGAAGACCCUCAGGAUGAUACUGUCGAGCUUACCGAACUUGGUGCUGUGGCUCGAGGUCUUGACACUCAGAAGAAACUUGCUGAGGAUGCUCUCGCUAUCCAUAGUGAGGCUACCCGACGUCGUGAGGGCCUGCAUGAUCCAGAGGUGUCAUCAUACCUAGAAGAGCAUUUCAUGCACCGUCAGGCUAAACAAGUGCGAGAGUUGGCUGGUUAUGCCAGUGACUUGAAACGUCUGCUUUCAGAAAAUAAACAGGCUAGCCUGUCGCUCUUCCUGUUUGAUGAAUAUCUCCAGAAAGUGGUUUAAGAACUGUGUACCAACUUCUGGCACUUGGAAUACAUUCUAGUUCUAAUUGCAGUAGUAAAUAAUACUCAAAACUCUGGGUAUGGUAUAGAAUGUUAAUUAAAUGUCAAAUUUUAAUGGUCAUAACUUAAAGCAGUGUGCCCCUGGGCACAUUAAAAAAAAAAAAGAAAAAGCAAAUGUGAUGCAUUCCUUUGUAUGUCAGCACAAAGAUAAGAGGUUUUAAGUCUGUCUGAGUCAUCAGUAUCAUUUUCACAAACAGUUUUUUUUCUUCUGAAUGUUAUAAGACACGUCAAAUUUCCUAGUAUACUUGGAAUGAAAUAUUUGUAGGUUUAUGCAGUUAAUAAAUUGUGUUGUGUACUGGUUUUGCAUUUUGUAAUUGCAUGUACUCUCAACAGGAUUUAUGGAAGGUGAAUGAAAUUAAAUUAAAUGAAAUGAA